AUGACUGCAGUGCGCCGAGCCAAGCGACCUGCUCCUGAGAGCCCGGACCCGGGCCCGAGCGCCAGCAAGGUUAAGUGCCAGUACUGCCCGAAGCUUUUCGAUGCAAAAGCUCGGGGAGCUCAGGCCACCCAUCUCAACGCGUGUAAACGACGUCAUGAUGAGUUGGAAGCGAGUGAGGCGUACGAGAAGCGGUGUUCCAAGAAGGAGGCAAAAGCGAAACAACGAACACAUCGUGAGCUAUCCGCGAUUGCCGAGGUCGCCUCUUCGUUUCGCGGGCCGACCCUCGAAGAGCCCUCUGACACAAUAGCCGUGGACCCGUACACUCAAUAUAUGGAGAUCACGUUGACGGACCCAGGCUUCAAGGUCCUCGAAAAUCAGCCUCUCGGCGAUGAGCCCCUCGACGACCAGCCACUCGACGAUCCGCCACUCGAGACUAUGGAUAAUCACUUCUCAGACGGACUGCGGUCGCGUUCGGAUUCGCACUCGAACUCGAACGAAAGUUCGUCGAUGGCAGAUUUUGGUCGUGUAUCACCGCCCCCUGUGUCGGUGAAUUUCUCGUCGACGCGAUCGCGUGGUAGCCCUAUGGAGUUCAAGACCGAGUACCAGCCCAAGGGCCGACGGGCGGAGACCACGAGCUACGACUCCUACGACACGUUCCGCUCCCGGUCGUAUGUACCCGAGGCCAAAGAGGACGUCAAGCCCUGGUUUCCGUUUCGAUCUCGAGGCGAUAGCGAGUUCGCGUCGAUCGCCCUGGACGCCAAUCUCUCGGAUUCAGUCGUCAACCGGAUCCUUUCCCUCAUGCGAGAUGUGGUAGAAAAGAGGAAGGACGUCACAUUUACUAACUCUCAGGAUCUUCGGAAGGUUUGUGACGAGGCGGCGAAAGAGUUUACGCCUUUUCAGGAGCACCCUAUCAAUCUCGAACAUAAGAAGGACGAAAUUGAACUCAACUUCAUGGGGCGAGAUCUAUGGGACUGGAGUCUCGACCUCCUUCAUAACGAACAGCUUGCUCCCCACUUUGUGUGGGAUGCUCAACGCGUUUAUAAACAUAACGGAAGACUUGGCCCCGAGAGCAAUUACGUGAGGUUCAUCGACGAACCUUGGACCGCCGAUCGGUGGUGGGAUAUUCAGGACUCGCUGCCUCAAUACCCAGACGCUCCAUCGGUACCCCUCGCAUAUGUUUUCUACGCUGACAAAACCCGACUGUCUAGCGCUGGCAACGUACAAGGGUAUCCAAUUGUCGCUAGAUGCGCCAACCUUCCUGUCGACAUCCGAAACGGGCGAGGUGUUGGAGGUGGCCGAGUUGUGGGAUGGCUACCGCUUCUGCCAGGCGACGCAGAGAAGGAUGGAACCCUGAGUUACACAACACUGAAGCGUGUUGUAUGGCACAAAUCGGUGGCCAAACUAUUCGAAGGAGCUCAACAUUACUCGCACACCGGCUAUUAUUUUUCUGACUGCUUCGAUGGGAUCCCUCGAUGGUUGUUUCUUGUCAUUCUUAUUUUAUCUGCCGACUAUGAGGAACAAUGUGUCAUGGCUCUGAUCCGGGGAGCAAUGGGUAAUUUUCCAUGCCCCGUCUGCUUGGUACCGUCCGAUCGCCAAAGUAGGUGGGCGGAGAGCUACCCUCGGCGCUCUGCCGGGGUUGCCGAAUCUCUCUACGCCGACAUCAAGUCCGGCGAUCGAGCUAAGAAGAAGAAGGCCAGGACCCAGCUCCAAAACGAGGGCUGGAGGCCUGUCGAAAAUGCUUUCUGGCUUCUUCGAAGCUCUGACCCGGCUGAUGCGGUCACAGUCGACCAUCUCCACGCUUUCCAUCACGGUUUAUACGGAAAGCACAUCCAGCCCGAGCUCAUCAAGAUCCUCGCGAGCUUCGAGAACAGCCGCGAGUACCUUGGGAAGCUGGACAAACAGUUCUCCCAACUUCCGAGCUGGCGUGGCCUUGCCCAUUUCAACGCGGUCAGCACCGUCAAUUUCAGCGACGGGAAUAAAUUCAGGGAUAUUUCACGGCAAAUGCUAUUUGCUGCGCACAAUGUCAUCAAACGGACACAAUCUCCCGAGUUCCAUGUGCUGCUUUGCGUACUUAGUAACUACCUCGAGAUAGACUCAUACUUCGGACUCGAAGUCCAAACGGACGAGACACUGGAGGCUCUCGACAAGGAGGUGGAGCGCUAUGGAAAACAGCUAGAUGUAUAUAUAGAGGUUGCGAAGGCUGCGAGGGUGCGGAUUGAAGACAUCAAGAUCCUAUGGGAUUUCCCGAAGAAUCACGCGGUCCUCAAACACGCAGUCGAGGAUCUUCGGAAGAAGGGUGUCAGCCGCAACUCGACGACGAGGAUCAAUGAAGGAAUUCAUCCUCCCUUCAAGAGAUCAUAUUAUCUUCGGUGUAGUGGUAAGAAGGUCGAAAAGCAGAUCCUCAGGAUUGAAGACCAUCGACUCGCUGUAUACAUAAUCGAGGAACGGAUUCAAGCUCAAGAAAAGCGACUGAAGGCUCGCACAUCAGUAUCUGACCAUCACGACGACUGGAUCGGUCCCGAAUUCGAGGGCCAUUUCCACCUCGGUUCGCCAUCCAGUCCUCAAACCGUCAAGGACCUCGUCGACUCACAUCGCUCCUCGGAUCGAGCAUUCAUUAAUUUUCGUAAGUCUCUCAAGGUGUUCAUUAAUGAAGUCUGCCUUCCGGAUCGCGGUUACGCUGGGCCGUGCAUCAAGGUUCGCGACGGCUUUGUGGUUCAGGGGUUUCGCUUUGUAAAGGUAAACUACGAGUCGGUAGAGACUUGGAAAAUGUGCACGGAUCUCCUCCGGUGCACCCCCAGCUUCUACGACAAACCGCGGUACGAUUGCGCAAUCGUUCACCUCGAUGCAGAUCCCGACGUCUUUGGGAUCGUCCGCUUGGUUUUCCCAUUCAAGUUCACCAUCCCCGAGCUCGGCGCAAACUGUUCCCCUUUCCAUGCCGUCCUCGUGCAGCCGUACACCGGCGUGGUUGACUCCGAUAAAGGCUCUCGCACUCGCCGCACGGACACCGAGCUCGGUUUCCUUCGAGUUAAGGCGCAACCUCGCUCCGAGGCCAUUGUCAUCCCCGUCGCAUCCAUCAUCCGAGGCGCCCUCCUAUUCCCAGACUUCCGUCGACCCGACGAGUUCCUCGUCAACGACUACAUUGACGGAGACAUGUUCCUUCGAAUGAAGGACCUCAAGUGGAUCGGGCUACAGUAG